AUGGACCGUACGGGGGACAUGCUCUUCUCUUUGAAGGGCCUUAAUUCUCGAGCUCGACAUAUUAUAUCACAUGAUGCCAAUAAGGACUGGUCGUCGACGAGAUAUUAUGGAGAGCGUUGUCUCAACUUUAAUGCCUAUGCUGUCAGUAAGGAUGAUUAUAAAAUCUCCACGAUCGCGCUUCUAGGUAGUAGCAGAUCGCAGUCUGAUAUUUAUGUCAGAAGCGACGAUGACAUUUCUUCUGUUCAUUGUGCCUUUAUCGCCAACCACAGAUCAGGAGUCAUAAUCGUUGAGGAUAGAUCCGGGGGAAACACUCGAAUAUAUCAAGACGUUGAUUCCAAGAAGAACAUGGUCGACACCAGCCGUCGACUUCCGCGAAUUGCCGUAAUGAGGAACUACAACACCGUUAUUUGUCUCGGCAAACCCGAAAACGAAGCCAGAUUCGAGAUCAAGUGGAACGUAGAAAUCGCCGACAUCAAGAAUGUCAUCGCGUCACGGGUCGCGGCCGCUCACCCGUCUGUACGGGCAAAAGGUAUGAUUGUCUUCCCGGGCCAGACACCGGCGACAGGAACGCACCAUAUCCGGCACUGCACGGUCCAGAAGCUCGGGUGCGGUGCUUUCGGUCAAGUCUUCAAGACGGUCGACGCGGUUUCAGGGGAUUUCAUAGCUGUCAAGAUGUUAAAGGGUCCGUCCAACCAGAACGAUCCACGCUGGAGACAGCUCAUACGACUCACGCGGGACCGCGAAGUCGGGCUUGUAUCUCAACUCAACUGUCCUUACAUUGUGCAGUAUCUCGGCUCGCAGGGAUGGUCCUCUGGAAACGUUCAGAUAUUCAUGCCUAUGAAGGCCGGGACCCUGCACGACCUGGGUGAACGGCAGCAGUCUCCUGAACAAAUGGCCGAUAUCGCACAUGCGGCCCUUCUCCAGAUGCUCGCAGCGAUCGACUUCCUGGAGCUCAACGGGCUCGUCCACCGCGACCUGAAGCCGGACAACAUCCUGUACGAUGUAGACCGCCAGGGCCGGUACAAUUUUCAACUGGCAGAUUUCGGCCAGGCCAACCUGGCGUCGAAGGCGAAGUCCAUGGCCGGGACGAUCGUCUACAUGGCGCCCGAGGUGCACGACAACACUUUCGCGCAGACUUCCAAGGUGGAUGUCUGGUCUCUGUUCCUAACCAUGGCAUGGUUCUUCAACGAGGGCCAAUUCCGCGACAAACUUGAGUCGAGCAGGAUGCUCACCAACCAAGAAACUUGCAGGAUAGCCCUGGAGGUCGCGAUUGGUAGCCAUAGCAUGUAUUUCAUGCGCGACAUGGCCAUCUACGAGCCCAAAUACCGUGCCUCGGCCGCCCAGAUGCUGACCUCGUUGGAUAGAAACAAUAUGAUCUCUUCUCAACCGGCUCGACGUCUCCCAUCGAAUCAUUUCGAUAUGUGGAUGAGUCUCGUUACUUCAGGGCGUAGUCAAUGCAGUCAAGCUGUCAUGAGCCUGCUACACCCUCACGGGUGGCAUUAUUAA